AUGCUUUCCUCGCCGCGACCAAAGUUGCUCUCUUCUCCUCAGGCUUCAUCCAUCCGACAACUUGACCAGAAGGCAGAGCCAACGGUCCGAGACCUCACUCUCCUUCCCGUGAAGAUUCCUGACUUGACUGCGAAGCACCACAACAGUCCCGAAGCGAAGAGAAUAGCUCUUGAUCCUGCACCCACCAUUAAGCCAGAACCUAUCAACCAUCCAACUUCACUUGACUUGGCCAACUCACCUUUCGCCAUGUCUGAUGGACUGAAUGAAGCUCGCGCAAUGCGUGUCAUGGAGAUCAUGAAUGAUUUCCGAACGUUGCAAAUCCACAUCAACUCGCUCAUCACGCGCAGCGAGGCCAAUCCACCAGAUCAAGAAUCAUACUACCUCGACGGCUAUGUGGUCCUCAGGCAGUGUGCCGCCGAGUCGCAAGCGGUUCUAGCUGGCCACUUUAACCCGGGCAACCUUGGGCUUCAGGCUGGCAACAUCCCGGAGACUGAAGUACAGAAGGCCUCUCUACAGCGAAUCAUUCUCGAUGCGUCUACAAGAAGGUUCCAGGCUCACAAGAUCUAUCUACGAGGGUCUGCCGCGACGCGAUGGGUACAGCUGCGCACCCAAUUGCUGCGUGGUGAAAAACCAGGUUCCAAACACGCCAACGGGCUGCGAACAAUUGACCAAAGACUUCGCCAGGAACUCAGCGAAAUCACGGAUGACCAUGUUUACCGAGACCUUCGCAACGCUGACCAACGCAAGGGCUACUGGCUUGACGAAGACCCGGUGCUGGAACGCAUGCUGGGAUGGAUUCGGAUGCAGAGGUGA